GACGAGGGCGUCGUCGUCGCGGUAUUCGAAACCGGUCAAAAUGGCGUUCAACUUUGUAGCUUUUUGCUACAUAGUAGCGUUAAUUCUCACAGCUUUUCUGAUAUUUAUGGCGGUUUUUCACGUGAUUGCAUUCGACGAGCUGAAAACGAACUACAAACAUCCUAUAGAGCAAUGCAACAGUCUUAACCCUCUUGUGUUGCCGGAGUAUUUUAUCCACAUACUUUACAACGUUCUCUUCCUAUUUGCGGGAGAAUUCUUCACACUGUUGCUCAAUGUGCCUCUGAUGGCUUACCACAUUAACAGGUAUCGCACAAGGCCUGUGAUGAGCGGACCUGGGCUCUACGAUCCCACUAGCAUUAUGAAUGCCUCGCAGCUAAGCAGGGCCAUGAAGGAAGGUUGGGUCAAGCUGGCAUUUUACCUGCUGUCCUUCUUCUACUAUCUCUAUGGGAUGAUCAACUCCCUCAUCACCGUUGAGUAGACCUUCAUUGAUGACACUGACAACACAAGAACUGCCCAAAGAAUUUAAACAGACUGCAGUGUCAGAAAGUGGACAUUUUCUUAAAAAAAAAAAAAAGCCCUUCGAGUGUCAUCACGAGUGUGUCAUCAUGGCAGACUUUUGCUGCGGAUACUCCUUCCAGCUGCUGUGCAACGAGUUCACGUCGCUUGCAGAGUAGUCAGCUAUGCAGAUAGUUGUAGUGAUGUGGUCGUCAGGUUCUGCACACACAAACUUCAUACUGUUUUAUAACAUUCUCAUCAUGUGUCAUGCAAGCCCCUUGAGCAUAAAACAGAGUUCAAGAGGAAUGAAGUUGGGAUAGCUAUGUCAUACCUAGGUUGUGCUAUAAACAUGUGGUUGUUACGGGGACCCUAUGAACGGUGAAGUCCGUAGCAAUCAGCUGUGAAGUGAUUAUGACAGUGGGCUAAGUGUUGCAGACGCUCAUGCAUUUGGUAAUUAUCGAGAUAUGCAUAACACAGCUUGCUUUUGUUUUGAGCAACCUUUUAAAUUAGUGUGUCCAGAACUAGAUCAAAUCUGAGUAUCAACAAAAUUAUUCAAUCUACUUCUGAACAUCAAAUAUAUUGACACUGUCAACUGUCCUAAGUACCCUGCGCCAGCAUUUGCAACAGCUGGGAGAGCUCGAUGCAGUAGAAACCAUCUGAACGUUGUUUGGACAGCCUGUAUAGCCUUCCUGGUUUCCUUAUUAUGCAGUAAAUGGUCAUCUGUCGUGUGUGCUGAAUUUAUGAGAACUGCUACAUCAUUCCCUGUUGAUGCUCUGCAGUGUCCGACAUGACUUGCAUAUUAGCUGUUGUAUUUUUUUUAGGACCUUUUUAUAGUUCCAUAAAAAUAUAACAAAAAGUAGUCCACUGUGGAAUGUGGAAAGUGAUAUAGUGAUAGUAUAGUCUGUGCUUCAUCUUUGACUUACCCAUUGUCUUAUUAAACUGUGUGUGUAUGUGUGUCUCAAUGAUGUGACUGAAUGUAUGGGGUGUGACUGAAUUGAUUGUACCUGAUAGUUAAUAGUUGUGUGGAUUCGGAAAUAAAUUAUUUCUUCAAGCUCA